AUGACGAAUCACUCGUUGCAAUCUCUGUUAAGUGAAUCUCCACAUCUUGGACAUGUGUUUGUUGAUUGUAUGAGAAGGAACCCGGACUCUAUUUGUCAGAUCGAUGCAGCAACAGGAGAGGAAGAAACAAAUGCUUCGGUGCUUUCGCGAUCUAUUCGCCUGGCCCAAGCGCUGAGGAAGUUUGGUCUGCAGCCCGGAGAUGUAUUAGCAUUAGGAGGCAACAACCAUUUGGAUCUUCACAUACCAUAUUACGCUGCGAUAUUAAAUGGAUACCCAAUAGUAGGCGUAGACCCCUUAUUUAAGUAUAAUGAAUUAAAGUCAUUAUUGAAAACAACGCAGCCAAAAAUAGUGUUUUGUCAACAUAAAUCACAGGAGGAGUUAAAGAGAGUGGCUAAUGAUUUAGGUCUAGAUUUGAAGAUGGUGUCUUUUGAAGAAGGAGAAGGUUCAAUGAAAGAGUUUUUAGAAACAUACGAUGUCGACGAACCAGAAGCUGAAUUCAAAAUAGCCGAAUUUGACGUUGAUAAAGUAUAUGCCUUCCUAAUAAGCACUAGCGGCACUACCGGUCUUCCCAAAGUAGCAGCAUUCAAACAUCGAACUGUAAUGGAAAAGUUUCUAUCUUUCAUGAAAUAUUUAAAUGAAGCUAGGUCCACGCGCACGAUAGGUUUAAAUUUGUCCCCCGUUCAAUGGAUAUCGGGGAUUUUCAACGCUAUCACCAUGCCCAUUUUAAGCCAAACCAAGCUACAAACAUCUAGACCGGGUGAUAUCGACCAUUUAAUUGAGAUGAUUAAUAAAUACAAGCCACACUCGAUGUUGAUGAGUCCGGCUCUGAUGUUGGUACUGUUAAGGCGCUGGGACGAAGUGGACCUCAGCUGCCUUAAGGACAUUCUCGUAACUGGGUCGAAGACAAACGUGGAUGCGAUAAAUAAACUACGGGCUCGUCUUCCAAAAAACACCGUUAUUAUGGAAGCAUACGGUAUGACGGAGACUUUGGGACCAAUGUUAACGCCAAACGUGAAUGGCCCCAGUGGCAGUUGCGGCAAGCCUACAUAUGGCUAUGACCUUAAGCUAGUAGAUCCCGAUACUGGAUUGGAAAUAAAGGAACCAUACAAAAACGGUGAACUGUUAGCGAAGGGCAUAUGUUUUUCGGAAUAUUUGCUGAAUCCAGAAGAGACGAAAAAGUUAUUCACAGAAGAUGGCUAUAUCAAGACUGGCGAUCUUUUUUACAGAGACGAGAACGACAAUUACUUUUUUGUUGACCGAAUAAAGAUGCUAAUCAAGUAUCGCGAAGCUCAGGUAGUUCCGUCAGAGCUAGAGGAACUAAUCCUUCAACAUGAUGGAGUAUUGGAUGUUUGUGUAACUAGCAUACCGCAUCCAGACGACGGCCAGCAUCCAGUGGCGUGUGUUGUUCGAAAACCAGACUCCACCGUAACAGCACAGGAGAUAAAAGAAUUAGUUUGCAACCACCUGUCAAAGUAUAAGGAGUUACGUGGGGGUGUCGUGUUCUUCGAUAAAUUACCCAUGACCUCGUCGGGUAAAAUAGCGCAGGGAAAAUUAAAAGAAUUAGUGCUGAAUGCUCAUCGAGAAUGA